AGCGAGCCUCUGCACGCUUAAGAUCACUGGACUUUGCAUCGGUGGCUUCUCUUAUUUAAAAUUUGUUCGGAAGCUUGUAAUUCUUCGACAGUGACUGAAAAAUAUUUCAAGACAGAAUACAUCAUACCUCGAAGGAAAUCUGAAGAUAAAGAGUUCAGAGGACGCUUACGAUCAGUAAUACAAAUUGAACCAUAGCUCUUGAAUCAAAAUCUGAACAAGAAUAAUGGCAAGGCAACAGACAGCCGACAGAAAUAUUCCUCAUCUCCGAGAUAUCUUCGGAUUUGGUAACAAAUGGGAGAACACGCGUCUCCAAGCAGAAGAGAAAGCACCAGGACACGACAGCGCAGUAUCCGUCGGCUCAACCUCUGGUGAAGAAGAGAGUCCUAAGAACAGCAAGAAGAAGAAGUCACGUCGUCGCGAUAAUAGCAAAACUUUAACGGAAAGCGACGUGAAACACCUGGAGAGACACCUGUCCAUGAAGAAGACCAUCCGCAAGAAGAUCAUGCGAGAUCUGCAGCAGGCGUUCGUCGAGGAUCCGAACGAGUUCCGGGUGGACGAUAUACCACCAGAACAGCUGAAGGCGGAGAUCAAUAUUCAGAGUCUGAGCUUUGGGACACCAUCACAGAAACAGGGACGCACACGUGGCAACGCAGAGAACACAUUUCUCGACAUGCUUCGUGCUGGAGGUAGUUUGGAAAAGAACUCUGGUGAUGGAGACAGAGACUCUGGACAUGGUGGCUCCCCCACUAGGGAAACUCACAAUGCACAGGACACGGAUGACGAAUCUAGUUACCCUUAUGAUACGCCAGUUGCAACGCCGUCGAAAAAGAGCGGCAAUUUUUGGAGACGGUUCACCAUGAAGAGUCGUAACAAGCGGUAAAUCCCCCGGACAAACGUCGAUCACCACCAAUUUAAUUUCCAUUUCUGUUACUAUAUCAACUUAGUUAUUCGAGCAGAGCUUGCAACUGUGAUAUAUAUACAAGAGAGACACUUUUCCAAGUUUUUUUUACACAGGAUCUCGAGAAGUUUCCAGGGUUCUCUUGCACAAUGAAACUAAUAUCACAGUGAAAUUUUGGAAAUUAAGUUAUUGGUAUGGUACGUUCCACUCGUACAACUAUAACGAGACAUAUAAGACAUAUGAAGUUUUAAAGAUCAAGUUCAUAAGAUAAAUUUAAGCUCUUUCAUAAUUAAAUAAAGAAACAUUUUGGUAAUUUUAAAUUGUGAACUUAAUAAUUCGCGAAUAUUAUUAAUUAAUAAAUGAUUGUGCAAGAAGGCCCAAGUCUAAUUGUAAGAACACGGGGCCAGUGAUCUA